AUGUCGCCUCGUAUGGGCAACGACCCUCAGACGAUCUCCUCAGCGGAGAGCGGCUGGGUCGCGCGCGUGACGGCGUCGAGAGACGCGAUGCGACGCGCGGGGAGCGACGCGCUGAUGAGCGCGCGGGCGUACGAGGAGAUGGUCGAGGAGCAGCUCGUGGAGGACGAGGCGGAGGCGAGCCGGUCGUAUCCGUGA